AUCACCUGCAGCUUGAAGACACAUACAGCCUCUCACUUCUACUCUCUCAUACUUCAAUCUCUCAGUGUUCGCGACCACAGGACUGCACUCAUACAAAUCUGCUCCCAAAGAGAAGCUGUUCACACUGUCAGCAGGUUGUCACCAGUCAUGAAGGAUAUCAUCCCAAUCGUUGUCUCUGCCGAGCACUGGAUCCUAACUGACCAACUCAUUUGCAUCACCAAACCCUUGGUUGACGUGAUUGGUGAUAUUGAAUCACAGGAUGCAACUCUUGCUGAUUGCAUGCUUCCUGAGUUUGCUGCACACACUCAACUCACCCUCAAUCGUGAAUUUCAUGCUAUAAAUACUGAUAUUUAUUGGCUUGGCCUCUUCCUUCAUCCACUCUGCCAGAAACUUGCCAUUUUUUCUGCUGCCCACUUAUGCAAAUUGGUUGACACCAUCAGAAUCUUGCUUGACAUUAUGUUGUGA